GACGUCACCGCAUGACUGGGUUUUUAUGAAUGAAAGGAAUCCUGUGAGUAAUUCCGGGAAGCUCGCCUUACAACUGCGCGCAGCCCCGGCCCCUUGAGCCGCCUGUCGCACAACAAAACUCGGCGCGGCGCUCCUCGGCGGUCUGGCUCCGAGUGACUUGCGGUUUGAAUCAGAGGGGAGACGGACCAGGACGCCGGCCGGGACAGCACCCGCCCGUACGAGGGAGCCAGGCCAAGCGGGCCGAGAGGCGGGUCUCCAGCCCAGAGGGCAUUUUCUGCAAACAUGGCUGUGGAUCCCCUAUCCAGCAAAGCCCUGAAGAUCAAGCGUGAGCUGAGCGAGAAUACUCCGCACCUGUCGGACGAAGCGCUGAUGGGGCUGUCGGUGCGGGAGCUGAACCGGCACCUGCGGGGGCUCUCGGCGGAGGAGGUGACUCGGCUCAAGCAGCGGCGUCGCACGCUCAAGAACCGCGGCUACGCAGCUAGCUGUCGUGUGAAGCGCGUGUGCCAGAAAGAAGAGCUGCAGAAGCAGAAGUCGGAGCUGGAGCGAGAGGUGGACAAGCUGGCACGUGAGAACGCCGCCAUGCGCCUGGAGCUCGACGCGCUGCGCGGCAAGUGCGAGGCGCUGCAGGGCUUCGCGCGCUCGGUGGCCGCCCGGGGGCCUGCGGCGCUUGUGGCGCCAGCUAGCGUCAUCGCCCGUCAUCCAUGACCACACCCCAUUCCCAAAGCCCCGCCCCGCUGACCCAGCCCCUGCCCAAAGUGCCUGAGCGCGGUCUCUGUCCCUGGAUCCCAUUUCUUUGCAGCCACCAGCCCCCACGUUCACACAGAAUGUGCUGAACAUUCUGUGCCGGAGCCGUCUUCCUCUUGUAGCCUCUGAAAUCGGGAUUGAAUAGCCCUGGGGAGGGGUAACUUUGUUAAGUUGGUGUGUGUGGGCGGGGUCCAGGUUGGGGUCUCCCUUGACUGAAAGUCCAGGCUUCUUAGAUGUGAGGAAUGGAACCCGGUGCCAGCUCGGAGCUGUGGGUGUUGAAGAAGGCACUCGUCACUUGGUGGGACUGUGCCGGAUGCUCUCCACCUUCCAGGAUUCGGAGCUGGGUUUGGCCCAGUGGUGACUUGUGGAGCUAUCCACUGGGAAGCCGCACUGCAGUGUAGCCCCCCGCCUCUGCUUUAGACCUGGGGGUACCUGGCUUUCUAAAGCUAGGAGAAUCAGAGCAGGAGAGACAGAGCAGUCCGGUUCACACAUGGGGAACCCAGUUCACAAACGGGGAACCAGGCCUCCAGCAGACAAGCCAUUGCCGAGGCUGCAUUUAUUUACUGAGCUGGGACCAAAAGCUGGGUCUUCACCCUGGAGUUCGGAUUCCAGCCUUGGUUUUCACGGGCCAGUGAGUGGAGGCUGAACAAGACAAUGGGAGAGGUUCCCUGGCCUGGGAGACGCUUUCUUCAAGGGAAGGGAGGGGAAGGGAAGGGAUGGGAAGGGAAGGGAAGGGAAGGAAGGGAAGGGACGCAGAGGGUGUGAGAAGGUGACACAGAUGAAGAGAGGGAAGGAGGCAGCCAGGGGAGACAGGGGACCGUGGAGUCACCCCUGUGGCAGGCACGGAGACAAGGAGACAGAUCUUACAGUCCAGUAAGAUCUGGAGGGGGUCCUUAGAAGGGUCCCGCACCCACUACACCGUGGGGGCUUGCCACUGCCACCGGUUGCCAUUCUGGGAAGCCCAGCCCCUCCCCAACACUGCAUACAGCUGCCCCCCCCUGUUUAUUUAUUGCACGAAUCUAAGUUAUUCUCCCCAGCCAGAGCCCUAGCCCUGCUCCCUGGGAAAGCGGCAUGUGGCCCUGAGCUGGACUUUAUAUUUUAUAUCUGCAAAUCACAUUUUAUCUUAUCGUUAGGGAAAGCCGGAUGGCAACAGAAUGUUUUUUUAGAAUUGCCUGGCCUCUAGAAUUUAUUUAUUUUCUGAUUUACAGCGAGCGAGUUAUCCGCCUUCUGUAUUUUGUACUUUCUGAAUAAAGUGGAGUUCUUUUUCCACAGAAAA